AUGGCUACGUCCGAAGCCAUGGAAGGCGUGCAAUCGGGCACAAAGAGACCAUCCCUGGAUAUCGAGACUCUGAAGAGCAAGCGAUUCAAGGCCGAGGACCUUCCUUUGUCUGCAGCGCAGCAUGCAGCCAUCGACAAACUGCUUCAUUCGUUUAAAAAGAAGGGUGGAUUUGAUAGUAUAAGAAAGAAGAUAUGGGCUGAGUUCAAUGAUGGGGAAUCCAAGACCAAGUUUACUGACGAAUUAAUCGCAUUGGCCGAGUCCGAGAUUGAGCGAGAGCCAGCACAUCUUUCGCGUGAGAGAGGAAAAGCCGCAACCUUAAUCGAAGGUGCCGUCGACCGAAGCGAUGUCUACAAGAACGCAGAGUUAUCCAUCGACAAGUUGGCUUCCAUCCAUUUGGAAUCUAUUCUGGACUCUGUGCGAGAUAUCCGUCGACAUGAAAUUGGCGAUGAAGCAGCAGCUAAGGAAGAGGAAGCGGGCAACAAAACUGAUGCUGAAUACGAGGCCUACGUGACAGCCAAAAGAGACGAACGCGAGAAGGUCUGGCGCGAAGAGAUGCGCAAGCAAAAGGAGAUCGAUGAUGAACAAAAACGAAUCAAGGAUGAAGAGCGACGCAAAAGGCGCGAAAUCGAACGAAAGAAAGAUGAUGAAGAUAGGGCCCGGAGAAAGGAAAUCGAUGACCAGCGACGAGCGGAGCGUGAGCGCCUGCGCGAGGAGCAGCGAGCUAUUGAUGACCAACGAGACCGGGAACGAGACGAAAGAUACGAGCGACGCAGAAGGGAAGAUCGUGACCGGUAUCGUGAGCGAGAUCGCAGUCGUACCAGGGACUUUCGUGACCGUUCUCCAGCAUAUCGCUCUGACCGCGGGCUAUCACCACGUAGUCGGGACUCGAAGCGAGACAGACCUGCCAUAUCCAAAGAUCCCACCCCGGCGCCAGGUCCCGUGGAUGAGAAGUCACUUGAGGAGGCUGCUUUGCAAAUGUUAUUGAAAGAAGGCGAAGAGCUUGCAGCUAAAGCACGACAAAAGCCUGAGUUCGAUUUUGAGCAAGCUGAAGCUAUUGAGAAUGGGCUUAAGCCACCAACAUCAACAUCUGGACAUGUUAAAGGUGUAAGUGACUCGAGGCUAUCCAAUGCAUCGACUAGGGCACCUAGCCCAUCCCGAGACUCCAGACGUCGUGAUUCGAUACCAGACCGAAAGGAACGUCCUCGAAAUACUACUCGAGAUCGAAGUAAAAGCCGCAGCCGCUCUCGCCGACGUCCGGCACCUCAUCAUAGCCCUGAACGUCGACGCGAUCGUUCUAGAGAUGCCUCAGUGAGGUCUCGCGAUCGGGAUCGUGACCGCGACAUGGAUGCACGCCGUGGGUACCGUGAUUUCAGAGAUGAACGAAGCUAUAGACCCCCUCCUCCUCGCAGUCGCAGUCGGUCAGCAGGCCGUGACCGUGACCGUGACCGUGACAGAGACAGACCUCGAGUACGAUCCAGAUCUCGCGAUCGAGAUGAUCGCCGUCGCCCAGAUCGCAGCCCAGACAGAACCAGGGAUCAAGAUCGCGAAAGGGACAGAGAGCGGGACGAUCGUAACAAUUACCGCCCUCAGCGCAGAUCUCCCUCACGACGACGGUCUCGGUCUCGUUCUCGAUCUGUUGCUGCACGACGAAGGUCGCGAUCUCGUCGUCCUUCACCCCGUGCCCGACGGCCCUCACCCCCUUCUCUUGACAUAGACCGUUAUGUUCCUUCUACCAGUCGUCGCAGCAAAUCACCUCGUCGCCGGAUGCGAUCACCAGAGCGAGAGCGAGAGCGUGAACGUGAACGUGACCAAAGAGCGCGGCCAGCUGAAAUUGACCGGUACAUGCCAGGUUCUGGGCGCGAAAAAGACAAGGAAAAAGAGAAGCAACCAGAGAAAACGGAGCCGGAGAAAAAGGAGCCGGAGAAAAAGGAACCGGAGACUACAGCUGAGCCGCCUAAAGAUACUACAAAUGAUCGCCCUACUCGGCGAAGGAGUCGUAGUCGGAGAAGAAGCCCAAGCCCGAUCCGAAGAAGAAGCCUGAGUCGAAGGCCAAGUCCCAGCCGAAGAAGAAGGAGUCCCAGUCGGCGUAGGAGUCGCAGCCGACGGAGGAGCCCUAGUCGACGCAGAAAUCGUAGUCGACGACGAAGCCGGGACUAG